GGCGGGACUGCACCCGAGCUCGAGACCCUUCGUUGCCAACGGCUCUCAGUAAAGCUCCGGCUUUGGGGACUGAUGAGGAGCGACUCCGACUCCAGCAGUAUGUCUGACAAACGACAGUCCAGCCAUGUCCAGUCUCAGCGGGUCCCCGAGUCCUUCAGGGAUAAUCCCAAGGCAGAACUCGGACCUUGUGGAUGGAUUUUGGUGGCUGCCUCGUUCUUUUUCGUAGUUAUAACCUUCCCAAUAUCAAUAUGGAUUUGCAUAAAGAUCGUAAAGGAGUAUGAAAGAGUCAUCAUCUUUAGACUGGGUCGCAUUUUGCAAGGAGGCGCCAAAGGACCUGGUUUGUUUUUUAUCCUACCAUGCACUGACAGCUUCAUCAAGGUGGACAUGAGGACCAUCUCCUUCGAUAUUCCUCCACAGGAGGUCCUCACUAAGGACUCCGUGACAAUCAGCGUGGAUGGUGUGGUCUAUUACCGUGUUCAGAACGCAACCCUGGCUGUGGCGAAUAUCACCAAUGCAGAUUCAGCAACCCGUCUUUUGGCACAAACUACCCUCAGGAAUGCGCUGGGCACCAAGAACCUGUCUCAAAUCCUCUCUGAUAGAGAAGAGAUUGCACACCACAUGCAGAGUACGCUGGAUGAUGCCACGGAUGACUGGGGAAUAAAGGUCGAGCGUGUGGAGAUUAAGGAUGUGAAGCUACCAGUACAACUCCAGAGAGCCAUGGCUGCAGAGGCAGAAGCCGCCCGGGAGGCUAGAGCCAAGGUGAUUGCAGCUGAAGGGGAAAUGAAUGCGUCCAGAGCUCUGAAAGAAGCGUCCAUGGUUAUCACCGAGUCUCCUGCCGCCCUUCAGCUCCGGUACCUUCAAACCCUGACCACUAUUGCUGCAGAGAAAAACUCCACCAUUGUCUUCCCUUUGCCCAUCGACAUGUUGCAAGGCAUCAUGGGUUCUAAUCACUGAGCUGUCCAGAUCUAUGGAGAGCUGUGCUGGAUCCUUCCCAGGAUAAAGUGGGAACAAAGUUAGCCAUUAACUCACCGGGAGAUUAGCCGAAAGCUUGAGUAUCCCCCUCCCUCUCCUUUCCUGUAUGUACAAUAGAGGGGUCUUAGAAUGGAUAGGAAUCAUAAAAGCCGAUGAGGAGCUCACUCGGAGCCAGGAGUGUAGCUCAGUAGCAGAGCACUUGCUUAGCAUGCCUGGGCUUAAUCCUCAGCACCAAAACAGAGACAUGUUGGCUUGUAAAUAGCGAGAGAAAGAGAUAGUGGGGCUUAUGCACAAUACUCUUUAAGUUUGUGUCUUUAUUGUGAAGUAGAUUGAGGCCAUCUUCUGACUUCCUUUAACUCGUUCUGAAUCAUGAGCGAGCAGGCAAGUCAGAGCAAGAGACACAGCCUAGACAUGCCACCUGAGCCCAGGUAAAUGCUCUAUGACACUGAAGAAUUGUGUCACCCACUUCUCUGGCCUCCUGUGCCUUCCCUUCAGGGGACCUUUUGGAUUGUUUUGUUUUGUUUAUGGAGACAGGGUUUCUCUGAGUGGCCUUGAACUCAGAGAUACCCUUGCCUCUGCCUCCCAAGUGCUGGGAUUAAAGGCAUGCGCUGCCACCACUGCUUCACCCUUCAGGGAAUCUUAAGGAAAGACAUUCCCCAAAGCCCAUCCACCCACUCUAAGGCCAAACCUUGUUUUGGAAUGAUCCUCUCCCUCCUCCUGCUUGAUCCUCUCAGAACCAACAAAAAGUUCAUGCUGGCCCUUCUGAGACAGGUCACUCCUGUCAUCAUCCUUUUGAAAAUAGUAGGUGCAGUUUUAAAAAACCUUCCCGGGCCUCCCCUCCACAAAUUGAUGACCCCUCUGUGUGUGGCCUUUAAAGCAGCUGAUUCCUGUCACAGGAGUGCUCCUUUCUCACUUGUGCCUAUUUUCAUGGAUCAGAUUUUUAAAUCAUCUUAAUUUUUAAAAAUAACUUGGAGUUCUACCAAUUUUUAUGUCCAUUUGAUUAGCUUAAGUAUUGAAGUACCUUUAAAAAUUUUUUUAAGAAAACCAUUAUACUUUGCUCUCUGCAUACUAUUUCUUACUAUAUUCUGUGAUGUAUUUUAAUUACUAAUCUUACCUAAGUAGCACAAAGGAUUUCUAACACACGGAGCUUGUGAUUGAUCAUGUGCAGACACCCAUACUGAGUUCUCCGUGCACAGGAAGUUUUUUUCUCAUAUAAAACAUUGAUACCAAUAGAGGAAGUGGUUCACCCCCUGAGCCCAGCUGGGUUUUCUAGAGGUGUAUAGAGCACUUCUACCCAGACUCAAGUUGAAUUUACAUUUUUAAUUUAAAAUGAUGGGUUUUUUUUGUUUUUGUUUUGUUUUGUUUUUUUUAUCUGUUUAGAGAAGUAACUCACCCUACACUGAGGACCAGGAAACCCUGUAUCCUGGUGAAAACACCUCAGAGGUAGGAAACAAUGCCCCUGGUUUUCUAAAUUUCCUGUCCAGACACCAACUGGCCUUUGCUUCUGUGCCUUGUGAAUUAGUAAUCCAGUAGGCUAAAACUCAGUCACAGGGAGGGGUGGAGAAAGCAAGCCUAUAGGACCGGGUGCUGGUGUGCGGGUUUCCAGGCAUCCUCUCCUUCAGCCGUUUAAAUAAAGUUCACGCCCUGUGACAGGACUUGGUGAGUCUUGUUUCUGCCUG